AUGAAAAAUAUCCUCACCUCGCUAUUCUCCCCACGUAAGACGUCGGAGGAUCGAGAGGCCGCCCCGUCGCCACUCGGACCCAAAUCAGCGCUCUCGAGCAACAAGUCGAGGAGGAGGUCGCUCCCGGAACAAAAGAUGGAGAGAUCUGUACGAUUCCAGCAUAUCCUAAACGACACAGACAUCUCGCCCAUAUCCACAAAGUCGCCCAGUGAAAAGUCCAAGUCGCCGGAGAAGAAGACGAGUCCCGGGGCGGGCAGCCGCGCGGAAAGCCCACGCCGUCCCGGCAAUGCGCUGGACCAGGGGGCACAAGAUGGAGAGUACGCGUUCAAUCGCUUCGUUGAUUAUCGCUGGAACGGGGACUCGGUCGAGGUCCAGGUCGAGUGGGAGGCGGGCGAUACCACGUGGGAACGCGAAGACCAGCUGCACCAGGACGCGCCUGACGCGCUGCUAGAGUACUGGGAGAGCCAGGGCGGGCGCCCUGUGAACCCGAAUAACGCCGACUUGUUUGACAUACAUGCUAUCCGGAAACACAGCAAGGACCGCAAAAAGUUGCUGGUGGAAUGGGUGGGUUACGGCCCAAAGGAGGCGACUUGGGUUCCUAGGGCUGUGGUCGAAGAGACUGCGCCAGAGGUCGUGGCUCAAUACUGGAAGACGGUGCAGCCAGGUCGGCCGGGGCGGCGACGUCGACGUCGGGCUUGA